AUAAUCUAAAAGUCACUUAUCUUUCUCAUUUUGAGAGAGAGAGAGAGCCGUGGCCUUGUUUGCUUGCUUUUGUUGUUUCCUCCAUAAGCUUGCAGCAAGUAGCCAUGGCGGCUCCUUCUCUUCACUCUUCUAAUCCAACCAUCCAAACGUCAUUUCCAAUUUCCCAUGCAAUGACGAAGAACUUCGUUUCGAUCUUAUGUUUCUUUCUGGUUCUUUAUCCUUCUUUCACCAUGGCUACUUCUGCUAACACAUUCUUUGGUGAAAAUAUAGAAGGCAUGAAGUAUGAUCUGUUUCCUGAAAUCCUCAAGGAGGAAGCUGUUGCAAGACUUAAUGAGCUUGGAAAGGUAAGUGAUGCGAGUGACUACCUUGAAAGGACAUUCCAGAGCCCAGCAUCGAUCAGAGCAGGAAAUCUUCUUUGUGCAUGGAUGGAAGAUGCGGGCUUGAAGACGUGGGUGGACCAAAUGGGCAAUGUCCAUGGUCGGGCUGAAGGGAUUAAUCCAAGUGAAAAAGCUUUGUUAAUUGGCUCUCAUUUGGAUACAGUUAUCGAUGCUGGAUACUUUGAUGGCUCAUUGGGCAUAGUAUGUGCAAUAUCUGCGUUGAAGGCAUUGAAUGCCACUGGGAGGUUGGAUAAACUCAGGCGGCCGGUUGAGGUAAUUGCAUUUAGUGAUGAGGAGGGAGUGAGGUUCCAGUCGACCUUCUUAGGAAGUGCAGCUAUUGCUGGCUUAUUGCCAGUUUCAGCAUUGCAAAUACAUGAUAAGAAUGGUCUGACAGUGCAAGGUGCUCUCAGAGCAAGUUCUAUAGAAACUACAGAAGAAAACCUUUUGCAGCUCAAAUAUGAACCAGAAUCAGUUUGGGGCUAUGUUGAGGUUCACAUUGAACAAGGACCCGUACUGGAGAAUGUUGGUCUCCCUCUUGGUUUAGUAAAAGGCAUUGCAGGGCAGACAAGGUUGAAGGUGACAGUGAGAGGCACACAAGGACAUGCAGGAACAGUGCCUAUGAAUAUGCGACAGGAUCCUAUGGUUGCAGCUGCUGAACUAAUUGUAUUUCUGGAAAGCCUUUGUAAACAACCUGACUAUUAUCUGUCCUAUGAUGGUCAAUGCGCUUCUUCAACAGUGGAAUCUCUUGCAGGAUCUCUGGUCUGUACUGUUGGAGAGAUAUCAAGUUGGCCAAGUGCAAGUAAUGUCAUUCCAGGCCAGGUGACAUUCACUGUAGAUGUACGUGCAAUGGAUGACACGGGACGAGAAGCUAUAAUUUACGAAUUCUCCAAUAAACUUUAUCAUAUGUGUGAUCGACGUUCCGUCUUUUGUAACGUUGAGCGAAAGCAUGAUGCAAAUGCUGUCGUUUGCGAUCCUGGCCUAAGCACAGAGCUGAAAUCUGCAUCUCAUGCUGCUUUGAAGAGAAUUACUGGUGAGGAUCCAGGUGAUGUUCCAGUACUGAUGAGUGGAGCAGGUCAUGAUGCAAUGGCCAUGUCUCAUCUAACCAAGGUGGGAAUGCUAUUUGUGCGUUGUCGUGGAGGCAUCAGCCAUUCUCCUGCGGAGCAUGUAUUAGAUGAUGAUAUUUGGGCAGCUGGAAUGGCAGUACUUACAUUUUUGGAGACCCUCUUGUAAUUACCGGCAUUCUGCAAUGCAAUCUAGUUUUCCAUUCGUAAUCAUAUUAUGUAUAUACAUCGAUUCAAACUUCUGUAGUUGCAAUAAUGAAAAUGUAUAUUUGCAAAUAGCAAUUUCGCCUGUUCAUAGUGAA